AUGCUACGCGGCCAGCGAUUGCCCUGGAGGGCUGCCAUCCACCAGCCAUCUCGCUCGUUAAUAGUGCGUUGGUCUGGUGUGAGCUCAUCGAGAUACAAUGCCGCGUUCCGGGUGCCUUUAGAUUCCGCUUGUCGGUCGGGUUCCCUACCGCCAACGAUGCUGCGGCCUUUUUCGUCCAGCUCGGCGAGACGGAAAGACAAGCCGGCGUCGGGUGAAGGGGGGGAUGACCCGAGUGGCAAGCUGCCGGGGGAUGCGGCGGCGGAGGAGAAGAAUAGUGUCCCUCGUCGGAAGAGUCCAGAUCAGGUCGGUAGGACGGAUCGGCGGAGAGACAACAAGACGACGGCGGAAAGCCAAGAACGUGAGAUAGAGGAGGAGUCGAAGGGGAAGGUGGCGGAAGGGAAAGGGAAUAAUAAUGCGCCCGAGAGUCCGUCGCCGAUCCCCGUCAGCGGCGGCUCAUCGGAGUCGAAACCGAGCGGUGCCAAUAACGGGGGCGGCGACGAUGGGAGCAAGAAGGGUAAGAAGGGUUCCGGGGAGAAGGCGUUGCAGAAGCCCAGCGUGCCGGACGUGUAUCCGCAGGUGAUGGCCAUUCCGAUCGCCAAGCGUCCGCUGUUUCCCGGGUUUUACAAGGCGAUCACGAUUCGGGAUCCGAACGUGGCCACCGCCAUCCAGGACAUGAUGAAACGCGGCCAGCCGUACGUCGGGGCGUUCCUCUUCAAGGAUGAGAACGCCGAUGGCGAUGUGAUUGAGAAUCUCGACGAUGUCUACGAUGUUGGCGUGUUUGCUCAGAUCACCGCGGCCUAUCCGCUCCGUGGAGAAACCAGCGGUGUGACGGCGGUGCUUUACCCGCACCGUCGGAUCAAGAUUUCAUCGCUCCUACCCCCCAGCGACUUGCAGAAGCCCGUAGCGACAACGACGGAGACGCAGGCUACCGAGAAGCGUGGCGAUGUGGUUGCGAGCUUCGAGGAGGGCGUGUCGGAGCCUGCUCCUAAAGACCACUACGAGUCGACCUCGUUCCUGCGCAAGUACCCGGUCAGCCUCGUCAAUGUGGACAAUCUGACCGAGGAGGCGGUGGACAAGAAGAGUCCCAUCAUCCGCGCCGUGACCAGCGAGAUCGUCAACGUCUGCAAGGAAAUCGCUACGCUCAACCCUCUCUUCCGCGAUCAAAUUUCCGCUUUCUACACCGACCAGUUUCCCGGCAACCUGAGCGACGAGCCGUCCAAGCUCGCAGACUUUGCCGCGGCGGUCUCGGCGGGUGAGCUGCAUGAGAUGCAGGAGGUGCUCGAGACGAUGAACAUUGAAGACCGCCUGCCCAAGGCCCUGAUCGUGCUGAAGAAGGAGCUGAUGAAUGCACAACUGCAAUCGAAGAUCUCCAAGGACGUCGAGGCCAAGAUCCAGAAACGGCAGCGCGAAUACUGGCUCAUGGAGCAGAUGAAGGGCAUCAAACGCGAGCUGGGGAUCGAGUCGGACGGCAAGGACAAACUGGUGGAGAAGUUCAAGGAAAAGGCCGAGAAACUUGCCAUGCCUGAGGCGGUCAAGAAAGUGUUUGAUGAGGAGAUCAAUAAGCUGGCCCACCUGGAGCCGGCCGCGUCGGAGUUCAAUGUCACCCGCAACUAUCUGGACUGGCUGACGCAGAUCCCAUGGGGUCGUAAAAGCGUGGAGAACUUUGGCAUCAAGAACGCGAUGACGGUGCUGGAUGAAGACCAUUACGGCUUGAAGGAUGUCAAGGACCGGAUCCUGGAGUUCAUCGCGGUGGGCAAGCUACGUGGCACGGUGGAGGGCAAGAUCCUGUGCCUGGUGGGCCCGCCCGGUGUUGGCAAGACCAGCAUCGGCAAAUCGAUCGCUCGCGCCUUGAACCGUCAGUACUACCGCUUCUCCGUCGGCGGCCUCACCGAUGUGGCGGAGAUCAAGGGCCACCGGCGGACGUAUGUGGGCGCCCUGCCCGGGCGCAUCAUCCAGGCACUGAAGAAAUGCCAGACCGAAAACCCCCUGAUUCUGAUCGACGAGGUGGACAAGAUCGGCCGCGGACACCAGGGCGACCCGUCCUCGGCCUUGCUGGAGCUGCUCGACCCGGAGCAGAAUUCUUCCUUCCUCGACCACUACAUGGAUGUCCCCGUGGAUCUCUCCAAGGUGCUCUUUGUGUGCACUGCUAACGUGACGGACACCAUUCCUCGCCCACUGCUGGACCGGAUGGAGCUGAUCGAGCUGUCCGGCUACGUGGCGGACGAGAAGAUGGCGAUUGCGGAGCGGUACCUGGCGCCCGCGGCGCGCGAGCUAACGGGUCUCAAAGACGUGGACGUGACGCUGCAACAGGACGCGAUCGAGGAGCUGAUCAAGUCGUACUGUCGCGAGAGCGGGGUGCGCAACCUGAAGAAGCAGAUCGAGAAGGUGUAUCGCAAGGCGGCGUUCAAGAUCGUGCAGGAUCUGGGCGAGGACGUGCUGAGCGAGGACAAGGCCCUGACCGAGGAGGGUAAGCUGGCACAGGAAGAGCAGGCCAAACAGGAGUCUGAACAUGAAGAGAAGCAGACAACGGCGGCCGACCCCGCUGAGACGCCGCUGGAGCCGGAGAAGUCGACGGCGGAGACACCGCGUCUUGCGCUCAAGGUGCCGGACAACGUGCAGCUACGCAUCGGCAAGGACACGCUGAAGGACUACGUGGGCCCCGCGGUGUUCACGACUGACCGGCUGUACGAGACGUUCCCGCCCGGGGUGACGAUGGGUCUGGCGUGGACGAGCAUGGGGGGUGCCGCGCUGUACGUGGAGUCGAUCCUGGAGAACGCGCUGACGGGCGAGUCGCGGCCGGGGAUCGAGACGACGGGCAACCUACAGACGGUGAUGAAGGAGUCGACGCAGAUCGCCUACUCGUUUGCCAAGUCGGUCAUGGCCAAGCAGUUCCCGGAGAACAGGUUCUUCGAGAAGGCCCGGGUGCACAUGCACUGCCCGGAGGGGGCAGUCCCGAAAGACGCAGGCCCCUCCGCUGGCAUUACGAUGGCCACGUCUCUCCUCUCGCUCGGCUUGGACCACCCGCUGGACCCGACCAUCGCGAUGACGGGCGAGCUGACGGUGACGGGCAAGGUGCUACGCAUCGGCGGCCUGCGCGAGAAGACGGUUGCGGCGCGACGAGCAGGCGCGACGAAGAUUGUCUUUCCGGCGGACAACAUGUCGGACUGGCUGGAGCUGCCAGAGAACAUCAAGAAAGACAUCGAGGGCCACCCGGUCAGCUGGUACUCGGAGGUGUUUGACCUGCUGUUCGCCGAUCUGGAGCGAGACGCGGCGAACCAGCUGUGGAAGAAGGAGCUGGCCAAGGAGAAGAGCGAGAAGAAUGGCAGCGAGUGA